AUGAGUGUCCAGCACGACACCAAGAGGAAGAAAUCGACGUUUGACGAGGACAUUGUGCUGCUUCGUCAGGUCUCGGCCGACUUGCCGUUUGAAGCCUCUCACGGGACGAUUGGCUCGAAUUGGGAAUCAGUUGCAAGAACAUUAACGUCAUGUUCCACCUUUGGGCGCAACGUGAAUGGAAAGAAGUGCCAGAACCGCUUCAACAUCCUGUUGGACGAACAGAAGAUCUUGCGGCAAGAAGCCAUGAAAGCCAGCGGUGCCUCCGAAGACGAAACCGAGAAGACGCAGUUGCUUGAUGACCUCCUGCUUGGCAUGCAAGAGACGGAGGAAAAGUCGGUCAAGGCUUCAAUUGCGGCGUCAGCAGCCAACAGGUCCAAGGACUUAAAUUCCCACCAUCUACGGCACGAAGCGAUGAAAACCAUUGGAAAGCGCAACGUUGAAGAACUGGGGCCCUCCAAAUCCACGCCAUCGAAGAAGCAGCAGCAAUGGCAGUUGGUGAGCAGCAUAGAUACCGCAACUACUUUCCCAACGGCGCUCAGCAUGACUUUUUACUGCGGCUUAAAGGUAGUGAAUGCCCACAGCGUCUUCAUCAGCUGA